UCUGUGGUUAGACUUUCUAAAUGUUAGGAAAUGUAUUAUUCAUUAGCGCACGCUGUCUAACUGACCUGAGGUUAGCUAAGACUUUUCUGCACCUGUGUCCGUGUGUGUGUGUCUGUGUGUGUGCACAUGUCCUUGCUGUGGGCUUGCAUGUAUUUGUGAUUGUUCUUCACUGUGUUCGUGUUGUUUGUGGUUACCACAUAUGUGGCGCAGUCACUUUUUUUUUAACACCUCAGCGUCUUCUGUUACACCACACCUUCCCCCUGUAUCCUCCCCCCUGCGCCGUGCACUGUGCUCCCACUCAUGGAUUUGAACAGUGGAUUGACGUCACUGUGGACAAACUCAUCAUGUCUGUGACCAAUUCACUCUCUCACAAUCCAUGAGACCUUGGGAGCAAGUCCACAGCCCCGGCAUGGAACAUGUCCAUGGUCUCGUGGAGAUUUGGUCCCGUGCACAUUUCUGUUUCCCUGUCAUCUGUGAGGCAGAAAGGGAGUUGCCUCAGACACUGAUUUAAUAGCAGUUUAGCACAGUUGACCCCUAAUGGUUUUUGUUAGGACUUGGUUUGGCUAAUCUGAUUUUAGAUCUGUGUCUGUGGGCGGCUUGUUCCCAGAGCGUGUGACCUCUCACCUCUAACCUGUUUGACUCCGCCCCCCCCAGCCUGAGAACCUUCUAUUGGCCAGUAAGCUGAAGGGGGCGGCGGUCAAGUUGGCUGACUUUGGGCUUGCUAUCGAGGUGCAGGGGGACCAGCAGGCAUGGUUCGGUUUUGCCGGCACCCCGGGCUACUUGUCUCCGGAGGUUCUGAGGAAAGACCCAUAUGGGAAAGCAGUGGACAUGUGGGCCUGUGGUGUGAUUUUGUACAUCCUGCUGGUGGGCUACCCUCCUUUCUGGGACGAGGAUCAGCACCGUCUCUACCAACAAAUUAAGGCCGGGGCCUAUGAUUUCCCCUCCCCAGAGUGGGACACUGUAACUCCUGAGGCCAAAGAUCUGAUCAACAAGAUGUUAACUAUCAAUCCCAGUAAACGCAUCACUGCCGCGGAGGCUCUCAAACACCCUUGGAUCUGCCAACGGUCCACUGUGGCCUCCAUGAUGCACAGGCAGGAGACUGUGGAGUGCCUGAAGAAAUUCAACGCCAGGAGGAAACUCAAGGGAGCCAUAUUGACCACUUUGCUGGUCACAAGAAACUUCUCAGCAGCCAAGAGUUUGCUCAACAAGAAAACAGACGGCGUUAAGGUCAACAACAAAGCCAACACAGUGACCAGUCCUAAAGACACUGGCCCUGCCCCUGCACUGGAACCACAGACAACUGUCAUUCACAACCCUGUGGAUGGAAACAAGGAGUCCGUUGAGAGUGCCAACACCACCAUAGAGGAUGAAGAUGUAAAAGCCUGCACCAAUAACAAUAAAGCUCGCAAACAGGAAAUUAUCAAAGUUACUGAGCAGUUGAUUGAGUCUAUCAACAAUGGAGACUUUGAGGCCUACGCGAAGAUAUGUGAUCCUGGACUGACUUCCUUUGAACCCGAGGCCUUGGGCAACCUGGUGGAGGGACAUGACUUCCAUCGCUUUUACUUUGAGAAUGCCCUGUCUAAAGGGAAUAAGCCUGUGCACACCAUCCUUUUGAACCCACAUGUGCACCUAAUCGGGGAGAACGCAGCAUGUAUUGCCUACAUCCGACUGACCCAGUACAUGGACACCAGCGGCAUGCCCCGCACCAUGCAGUCUGAGGAGACCCGUGUGUGGCAUCGCCGCGACGGCAAGUGGCAGAACAUCCACUUCCACCGCUCUGGCUCCCCCAGCAUCCCUUCCCAGUAAGAGACAUUAAUGGAAUAUCAACAUUUGGUCCAAUUAAAAAAAAAAAAAAAAAAAAAAAAUCCCAUCAGCAAAUCCAGCCGGGCAGUCGACAACCAACCCGUGACUGCUCUCUGACCUUUUGACCCUCCUUUAAGGAUUUAACAUCGCACAGGACACUAAGUAUUAAUACAUUUUACUGUUAUGGCAUUUUAUUAAUGGACAUCAUUCGAAACCACCACCCGGUGGCGGCACACUGUAUUUGGACAUUAUGAAACAAGCAUAUUGACAACAUUUGUUUGUUUGUUUUUUAAGAUGUUUUGGUAUGCAUUUUAAAUAUGAAAUAGAGAUGUUUAAAAAUCUACUACUGUAACCUCUCCCAAAAAUUAGUUCUUGUAUUUUUACGUGUAUUUAUGUGUGUGCAAUACAAAAAAAAUCAUUUGGAAGAUCAGAAUGUUAAAAUUGAGCUUGCUUUAGUUCUGGUGAUGUAUAUACAUUGUGAUUGUUGAUUAAAAACAAAAACAAACAUUGAAAAUUGCUAUUCUUGCUAUCAGAGGAAUUAAGAGUUUAUGUGAAAUCCAGUUUAUGGGCUACAUUUCUGUUUGCUAUGAGCUAAGUCAUACUGUUUGAAUUGUUCGAUUUCAACCUAUAAUACUAAUUUAAAUGUAAAGAAAAGCAGAGCAGCUUACACUUUGCAUUGAGGUAUGUUUGCCUUUAUAUCAGUGAAAUAAGAAAUAAGAGAAUGUAGCAUAUAUGUAAUAUAUGAAAAAUCCAAGACUAUUGUGUAGUGCAUGGGGGGGAUAUUGUGAGUAAGAGCAUAUGAUACUAUAAUAUCUUCUGUUCGAUCUGUGAAUCACUGACUUGUUUGUUUGCAUUUGUUAAUGUUGUGCAUUAGUCCUUGUCCCAAAUGUUUCUGAUGUCCUCCAAUAUCAUGGAACUGCUGUAAAAAACAGUAACAGUUAUGGUUGACAUCCAGCGUAAAUAUCAAGACCUCAUAUCUCAAGAGGAGGAAAAACUAGACUCCUGGUUGCAGAAGCACCCGUUAUAUUUUGUAUAAAAAUGAGAAGAAAACAAGCUCAUUUUUCAUAAUGUUUGUACUCGUAUCGUUUGACUGUAUGUAGGGUUUCUGUUGUCAUUUUAUUCUCGUCAUUUCCAGUGUGUUACUCUGCCAGUUGCACCGAGAAGGUGGGAGAUGAUGAAGACUGAGCAAAGGCACCACAGUCUCCACCUUCAGUCAGUGGGAUGUCUUCCUCGACGUUCAGUGCUUGGACGAGCCAGGGGUCCCCUCGCCGCUGCAGGACAAUGCCUUGUCUUUGUCAUCCUUACUGUUUCCUCUUUUCAAUUGGUUUGUCUCUUCUUUUUUUUUAAGGGGAAAAAUGUGAUAAAACAUUUCUUUUGACGAAAAGUAUGAUGUCAGUGCAAUGCACCACUCCUUAUAUGGUGUGUACCUGUUGCCAGCACGGCAAUGGUUGGCUUAACAUGUUUAUGAAAUAAAUAAAUCUGCUAAAAGGUGUG